GUUUCGUCACAUUACGCCUGAACGAAGCUGGUCCCACCGCACUGCAAUGAUUUCAAGGAUAUUCACCUUUAUACUCGCUUGCAAUUUGAUCCCCUGGGUAAACCCCUACUUACUAGGAGGCGACCCCCUAGACACCAGAGCAUCGUAUUGCCGCAUAUGUGACGACAAUGACCCAAGCAACACGUGCAGCAUGCAGAGAGACGACAGCAGUGCAUACACAAUAUGCUAUCUUACUAAGGGGGCGCCAUUUUGUAUGAAUACAUUAACAGCAGACGGUAGCGGUGUUAAAAUAACUAAACAGUGCGCCUCCAAAGACACCUGCCACAACCUUUGGUGGCAGAGAACAAGUAAAAACCAAGCCUGCAGCCAAUCGGCUGUCAGAUCGGGUCACCUAGCAACAGGAAGCACGUGCAGCAUGUGCUGCGCGGGAAGACACUGCAAUAAUGACAACUGGCCCACAGAUCCGCUUCAGUUUCCUGACACUGUAGUCGUAGCUCCAAAAACCACCACGACUUCAACAACACCAGCUCCAACAACUACAACACCAGCUCCAACAACUACAACGCCAACUCCAACAACUACAACGCCAGCUCCAACAACAACAACUACAACGCCAGCCCCAACAACUACAACCCCUAAGCCAACACCAGCUGCAACAACAAAGCAAACAACACAUCGUGUACCAUUCACCCCGUAUCACCCCGUGACGACGUACCAUCCCCACCAUCAUCGGAGUACGCACGGGAUACAGCAUCACACUCCACUUCCUUCCGCGACGGUGUGUAUGCAUUGCGUGGAAGACCCCAGCAAGGGACUACACUGUGACCAGGGCCAUCAGCACCGUGUCUGUGGGGGCAGAGCCCCCUACUGCAUGACGUCAUACUACAGCCAGGGUAGCUCGUACAGGAUAGAAAAGGACUGCGCAGACCGUAGCGAGUGUUAUCAACUUUGGUGGCAAAGGACAUCCACAAAUCCGGAGUGCUUCCGGGAUGACCUUCUCACCUCCACCGGAAGUCGGCCAUCUUCCUGUCACUUCUGCUGUAGGGCCGUGGGUGUCAGUGCGUUCUGCAACAACCUUGCGACACUACUUCCCUCACAUCUAGUUAUGUUUACAAACCUGCCCCAAGUAACACAAACAACUAUAUCGACUUCUCCUACGACAUCUACUACAACAACGACAUCUACUACAACUACGACAACGCCAUCUUCUACAGCUGCCACUUCGUCUCCUACAGUGAUCACAACCAAGAGCACAUCUAAAUCCACGUCAACGUCACCCUCAACGCUAACAUCUGCGAGAACAACAUCAUCAACAGUGAAGAACCGGUGUCAAGUAUGUGUGGAUGAUGGAGUGACGAAAUGUGACGUCACUGAUUUCGCUGACUGCCCGGAUGACAAGCCUUUCUGCAUGAACACACUGGAGGUUGACGGGAAGGGGGACAAGGUUGUCACUAAAGAGUGUGUAAGUGACACGAUGUGCUACUCGGACUGGUGGCUCCAGACUCGAACCCAGAAUGCGUGUAUGGCCAACCUCACCAACAUACACGCCAGCAGCCACGGUCUGCUCUGCAAGUGGUGUUGUAAUGACACGUCACCAGGGACGCCAUGCAACAGCAACGUCAGGCCAGGCGACCUCGUGCAGUACGACAUCCCGACUACAUCGCCGUCGACAACGCAGCCGUCGACCACAACAUCCACGACAACUACGCCUAAAUUAGUGAACCGGUGUCAAGUAUGUGUCGAUGAUGGAGUGACGACAUGUGACGUCACAGAUUUCGCUGACUGCCCGGAUGACAAGCCCUUCUGCAUGAACACACUGGAGGUUGACGGGAAGGGGGACAAGGUUGUCACUAAGGAGUGUGUAAGUGACACGGUGUGCUACUCGGACUGGUGGCUCCAGACUCGAACCCAGACUGUGUGUAUGACCAACCUCACCAACCUACACGCCAGUAGCCACGGUCUGCUCUGCAAAUGGUGCUGCAACGAUACGUCUUCAGGCACACCCUGCAACAGUGACGUUCAACCAAACAACUUCGUACAGUACGACAUCACUACGAAAGCUACAACGCCAAUAUCUACUACAACUACUACUGUGCCAUCAACGUCUACUGUGCCAUCAACGACUACUGGGCCAUCAACGUCUACUGUGCCAUCAACGACUACUGUGCCAUCAACGUCUACUGUGCCAUCAACGACUACUGUGCCAUCAACGUCUACUGUGCCAUCAACGGCUACUGUACCACCAACAGCGACGACAACGACCACAACAACUACACCAAAAUUAGUGAAGAACCGGUGCCAAGUAUGUGUGGAUGAUGGAGUGACGACAUGUGAUGUCACAGAUUUCGCUGACUGCCCGGAUGACAAGCCCUUCUGCAUGAACACACUGGAGGUUGACGGGAAGGGGGACAAGGUUGUCACUAAAGAAUGUGUAAGCGACACAGUGUGCUACUCGGACUGGUGGCUCCAGACUCGAACCCAGACUGUGUGUAUGGCCAACCUCACCAACAUCCACGCCGGAAACCACGGUCUGCUCUGCAAGUGGUGCUGUAACAACACGUCUCCGGCCACACCCUGCAACGAGGACAUACUACCAUCCAACCUCGCACAGUACGACAUCAUCACGACGUCAGCAGCAACGUCUCCAACGCCAUCAUCAAGUAGUUUCAACACAACGUCUGCUACUUCAUCUACCACACCAACACAUAGAGUCUUCUUCAACACAACGUCUGCAAUACCGUCUACAACACCGACAUCAACAAUGUCCUUCAACACAACGUCUGCUACUUCAUCUACACCACCAACACAUAGAGUCUUCUUCAACACAACGUCUGCAAUACCGUCUACUACACCGACAUCAACAAUGCCCUUCAACACAACGUCUGCAGCAUCGUCUACGACACCUACAUCCAGUAUUUUCUUCAACACUACGUCUGAAGCACCUUCUACUACACCGGCCUCCAGCAUUUUCUUCAACACGACGUCUUCUGUAUCACCUGUUACAACUGCGACAACACCAUCUACAUCUUCAACAACGAGCGUAACGAAAUCUACAACACAAAAAGCGUCCAUUACUACGCCGACCACAACAGCGACAGCAGCGACUACAACAACAACAACAGUAACAGCAGCGACUACAACAAGAACUGUGACAGCAGCGACUACAACAACGAUAUCAUCACCAAGUCCAACCACGUGCUGGGACUGCAGCAAUGGCUGCCCCUUCAUUCAGCAUCCAAUGACGUGUUCAUCCGGGUACUGUCUGACGACGGUCACAGACGACAUCCAGUACACCAGGACAAUCAGGAAGAGCUGUGUGGAUGAGGCCACCUGCUACAGAGACUGGUGGCUGCAGACAUCCGACACGGAUCUGUGUCUCAACAUGCUGGACCACACGUCUGCUCCCACCGGCGCCAGCAUUAUAUGCAGCUUCUGCUGCGACUCCGACGACUGCAACAAGGGCGACUUCCCACCUAAGAACACGCUGUUUGAUGGGAAACACAGUCAGUUUGGAUAGUUCCCACUGAUCACGUCAGCUUUUUGUGAUUGUGUACUGUACUGCUUAAAUAGGUCGUUAAUAAAACGAGAAGUGUGACUGAUUAAA